UCCUCUCUCUCUCUCUCUCUCUGCAGUUCCUCGCUCAGCAGCUGUCUGUCGUGCGCGCCUGCGCACUGGGCCACCCCCGGAGGGCUUUUUUUUAUAUAUUAUACUCGUGACAGAAUUUGGACAUUUUGCUGAAAUAAGAACCGUGAGCCUCAGCAAUGGAGAAGAGCAUUGUGGGUGACUUCGCCUCUGCUACCGGCAGCCAGGACUUCGAUGUUUUCAGUGCUAUGGAUUGGAAAGAUGGGAUAGCCACACUACCGGGGAGCGAUUUAAAGUUUAGAAUAAAUGAGUUUGGUGCUUUGGAGAUAAUCACAGACGAAGCAGAGGUGGAAAGGAUAAAAAAGGCCAGUGCUACUAAGACAUGGAAUGUGCCUAUUGUGCAUGAAGUUUUAGCUGGAAACUCAGCACCAACACUGACAACUGAGGAGGCCCCCAGUAUGGAUGGAAUACUUUGCUGUGAGAACUGUGGCCAUUAUGGCACUCCAGAGGAAUUUAGCCACAAGGGCAAGUUUUGCGGUGUAAAAUGUGCUCAGCAGGCAAAGGAAAAGGAAUCUAUGUUGAAAAAGGAACCAUCGACAUGUAAUAGUAAUGAAGUUUCCAAGUGUAGUCGAAAAAAGAGACAAAAGCCAUCUUUGACUGCAAAGGGAGAUACUAAAGAAAAUGGCGAGUUGCCAAAGGAAGAAUAUGAGGACAUUGAAGAAAAACCAGGAGAGCAGAAGAUGCUGAAAGUAGCCCAGAACAACCAUGUCAGAGCUCGCAGGAGAAGAAAGGGUGACUCUGGAUUGCUGAAACAAACUUUGACUUUUGAUGGCAAAAGGAAAGUCUGGUGUUGGGCAUCCUAUUUGGAAGAGGAAAAAGCUACAGCAGCACCUACUAAGCUUUUCAAGGAGUACCAGUCAUUUCCACAGAGCAAAAAUGGAUUUAAGGUUGGAUUGAAACUUGAAGGUGUGGAUCCAGAGCAUCCGUCUAUGUACUGCGCCCUUACUGUGGCUGAGGUAUGUGGCUACAGAAUACGGCUACAUUUUGACAGAUACUCAGAUUGUUAUGACUUCUGGGUAAAUGUGGAUUCGCCAGAUAUCCACCCUGUGGGCUGGUGUGAGAAAACAGGACAUAAACUUCACCCACCAAAAGGAUUCAAAGAGGAUGAGUUUAAUUGGCAUUUGUACAUGAAGAUGUGCAAAGCUCAAGCUGCACCCAAAUCCCUAUUUGAAAACCAAAACACAACAAUUACUCCACUAGGUUUCCGUGUUGGUAUGAAGCUGGAGGCUGUAGACAAGAAGAAUCCAACAUUUAUUUGCGUGGCCACAGUAGCAGAUAUGGUGGACAAUCGUUUCCUCAUGCACUUUGAUAAUUGGGAUGAAAGCUAUGAUUAUUGGUGUGAUGCUACGAGUCCAUACAUUCACCCAAUUGGAUGGUGUCAAGAGCAUGGGAAAAGCCUUACCCCUCCUCCAGGUUAUCAUGAUCCUAAAAGAUUUUCAUGGGACAAAUAUUUAGAGGAAACCAGCUCUCUGCCUGCUCCUGCACGAGCAUUUAAAUCGCGACCUCCUCAUGGAUUUCAACCCAAUAUGAAGUUUGAGGUUGUUGAUAAACGAAAUCCAAUGCUCAUCAGAGUUGCAACAAUUCUAGACGUUGAUGAUCAUAGAAUAAAGGUACAUUUUGAUGGCUGGAACCAUGAUUAUGAUUACUGGAUUGAUGCUGACAGCCCUGACAUCCACCCCGCAGGGUGGUGUGCUAAAAUUGGACACCCUCUCCAGCCGCCCAUCAGUCCAUUGGAGCUGGUGGAUGCUUCAGAACAGGGAGGAUGCCCGACUCCAGGAUGUAAAGGGAUUGGUCACAUAAAGGGAGUGAAACACUCAGGCCACCACAGUGCUAUAGGCUGCCCAUAUUCUGAGAUCAACCUGAACAGAGAGUCUGUGAUGCAGGAUCGUCUCAAUGGAGAAAUGCCACUGUCUAGUCCUGGUAUGCCGAAGAACAAGAAAUUGGAAGCGGAUAGAACAGAAACAACACCUAGUUCCUCUAACAUGACGUCUCAUGGAAAAUGUACAACAGAUCAUCGAAUGUCAGUACUUCCUACAGAAGAAAAGAGGCAAGCUGAGGAAUCUAUGUCCGAGGAAGAACCACAGCAGAAGAAAAGGCUGAUGUGUGUUAGUAAAGGAAGAAAGUACCCCAGAGCUGGACGGCCACUGAAACAUCCCAGGGUAAAGGAGGUGGAAAUAGAGAAUAAGACCACCUGGCAAGAUGAAAGCAAAGAAAAUGAGGAUUUCAGUUUACAGCAGGCUCUGCACCAGUCAGUGUUUCUGUCCUCGGUGUCUCCUGUGCCAAGCCUGCCUCUCUGUUGGGAGCAGCACAGCAAACUUCUUCCUGGGGUUGCUGGAAUCACCGCCAGGAAAGUAGUAAAAUGGACUAUUAAUGAGGUCUCUGAAUUUAUACUGAGUUUGCCUGGUUGUGAAGAACAAGCCAAAGCAUUUAGGGAGGAGCAAAUUGAUGGAGAAGCAUUUCUACUACUGACACAAACGGACAUUGUGAAAAUAAUGAGCAUUAAAUUGGGACCAGCUCUGAAAAUCUACAAUUCCAUCCUCAUGUUUAAGACGGCAGAGGAGAAUGGACAGAAUGAGCUUUGAAAAGACUGAAACUACAGCACUGUGCCUGUAGACACCUGUUUGUAUGUUGAGGCUCAUCUCUAAUUCAAAGCACAAGAACUAUCUAUUGAAAAUGGAACUCUAUAAGGCUAUAGGUCAAAACUACUGGAAUAUUUACUGUUGACUUGACGGAUGCGCUUGGAGAACUUCAGCUUCCAGCAGUACCAAGCUAUGGGCUCAUCUUUCAUCCAUUUCCUCAGGACUUGAUUAUGCAAAAACUUCCCAGCGAAAGCUGACGUGGACUUUCUGUGAUUGAACUUCAAAUUGUAUAUUUAAAUGUUGCUAAGGAGGUUCUUCUAAGACCUGGACGCUUGAUCUAAUGGACACUAAAAUGUCUUGAUUGUUCUCAUUGUUUGAUUUCCCUUCCUUCAUUUGUAAUGGAAUGAUUUGUUUUAUGAUAUUGUGUAUACAAUGUUCCCAUGUCGCAGCAGUAUCCAAGAAGGGCAAAUUUCAUUGUCCAGGAGAGUGAAAUUUAUACAUGGAAAUAUAUAUUGAAAAGCCAGCAUCAUUGGACUUAUUUAACUAUUUGAUUGUGUACAUUUUUAAUUUAAUACCUGAAGUAUUAAUUUGCUUCUUAAUUACUUCAGUAAAAACACACAGUUGAAAUUCUCUGCUUUAUUUGAAUGUUUCUGGUUUAUUAAAUAUUAUGUUACAAAUUGUUGAUGCAAUUAUUUGGUGAGUGCAUUUACACAGCAA